GAACCCACAUCACAAACCAGCCGGAUUCCCACACAGACGUGAUAUGUGAUCCAAAAUCAAAGAUGCUAAAGUCAGCAUAAGAAGACAUACUGAAGAACCCCUGCAAAACAGAAGCGAGCCCGCAUCGCUCAGAGAUGCGUGAGGACGCUAUUUUUCCCGACGUCGCGUCGCUCGCGUGGACCCUGCGUCGGCCGUUGCGCCGUGUCGUUUGAGCAGAGAAAUCAGCUGAAACGUUGCGAUCGUUUACCGUGAUAUUGUGAUCUCAAUGGAAACCGAAGAAAUGUCAUUUAUCGUCAACAUGAUUUCCUUCCAUCAAGACAUUCACUUUAACCUUCUCUUUAAUGUUCCCUAUUCUCCAAAACCACGAAUUGGCAUUGGACGUGUGAACUAAAUUCCCUGCAAAACCCAGUCUGCAACUAAUGAACAGUUUUUGUCCUCGCCCACACCUGGAGAAGAUGGACAGCCCGCCUAAGCUAUCCGGGCAGACCCUUAUUGUCCACCACAUUCCGCUGGUCCACUGCCAGGUCUCGAACUCGCGACAGUGCUACGGUAGUCCGUUAAAACGGAGCGGUAAUCCUUUCAGCUGUCCCGAGAACCUGGGACUGAGUCGGACCACCUCCUUGCCUGAGAGAGACAUUCUUCAGCGGGAGGCACUGGUUUACAGUAGCCUCAUACAGACGUCCAGCAGCAGUCUAAGCUCUAGUGACACCUGUGGGGAUGGAGGGAUAAGAGGAGGGGAGAAACAAAGAAGAGGAGGGAGAGAAGGAAGUAUGGCGAGUGACACUUCCUCUUUCACAUCAAGUAAUUCUGAAGAUCACGCUCAAGCACUGCCAACGAAAACACGGCCGAACUCGCGGCGUAACCCUUUUCUGCUCAACGCUGAAGAUGAAGAUGAUGAGGAGGAUGAAGAAAAUCUAAAUGGAUAUUUGGAAGACUCUUCUUUUCACUUGCACGGCGAUUCGCAUGCAAUUUCUAAAGCCAUGCUUGUGAAUGAAGACCUGCCUCCUUUUCACCUACACGACCUUGGUUUCACCACUGAACCUUUUCUCCUGCAUGCCUCAACGGAGGAACAGUGGUGUCCUGUAAAUGGGCGAAGCAGGGCAGCAGACAGCAGUGACAAUACAAUGGGUGAAACUUUUGAUUUGUCUGCUCACUUGGAGGGACUAAACAUAGACAGCCAGCGACGUCAUGGUAGCAGCGGUUCCACCCUUUCAAUGGACUGUGGGGAGCAAGAAUGGGGUGAAGAGGAUGAUGACGAUUAUGAUCAAUCAAUGCAGGGCGGCAGAGGAAGCUCGUUGAGUUCCAGUCUGACGGCACCGCGCUGUACAUGUUGUGGCCUUUCCCAGCCAUACCCGGACUUAUUUUCUGAAUGCCACCAGGGCUACGGCAGUGAUUCCUCCUGCAACAGCUCAGAUGGAGUGCUUGUUAACUUCAGCACGAUCUAUAACAAGAUGAACAACGUAAUCCCAGCGAAGCCGUCACUCAACAUCAACAGUUCUGCUGACCAAUCCUGUGCCUCGUCUGUGUCUGAUCCCGUCGGUAUGUGCGGUAAAGACUGUAGCAGUGGACGUGGAGCUUUCUACCUGGACUUACAAACCUCCCCAUCAGAACCUCCUCAGCAUCCUUCAGGCACUCAAGAACAUGCAAACUCUUCUUCUGUAUGCCUCCCGCAACUGCAAGGUGCCACUAUGGAAGUAGAUGCAAACUGUAACUCGUACCACAACCACCUUGGAAGCGAGGGCCUUUCCUCUGACGAGACCUCCGCCAACGACCUCACGUCUUGUUUUCAAAGCCAGGCACGCUUGGUUGUAGCAACCCAGAAUUAUUAUAAGCUUGUGACGUGUGAUAUUUCAUCUCAGUCCUCUCCGAGUCCAGUGGGUUCGUCCGUGACAAGCUGCUCAGAUGAGCACAGUAAAGGAAGUCCGACUCAUCCAACUGAAUACUAUCUAUUCCAACAAAUGAAAGAGGAUGAUGAAGAAGAGGACUCCGAGCUGAAUGAGGAGAAGAUGGGCGACUCCACCCAUGAGAACGUAAUUGAAGGGCAGGUGUACAUCAACAUCUCUCCACCUAUAACGCUCUGCAAUUCAGUUGCUUCCUCCGGGAGCGUUCGCCCUCGUUCCCGCAGCUACGACCGGAACCUAGACAAGACUCCUUCUUCUCGACUCGGAUCGCUGGAGCGGAUGCUCAGCUGUCCCGUCCGGCUCAGUGAGAGCGCGGCCCCGAGCCCACCACCUCCACCACGUGUCACUUCUUUUGCAGAAAUAGCGAGGAAUAAGAGAAAAAAUGGAGGAUCACCAUCACAGAAGGGUGGCUUGGAGGCUACGUCCAUACACUCCCACUCUUCUGGAGAGUUUUCGCCCAUCCUGGAAGACCUUCAACAGGGCCAGUGCCACAGUCUGCCACCGCUCACCCGAUGCCACAGCCAGGGGAGCUAUGAUAUGCCGUCCCCACACAGAUCACGGAGCACACCACUGCGAGAGUCACCGGGGGGAGCGGGAAAUCAGGCUCGAACCAAAGCAGAAGGUGGCCUAUCUAGCUCCACAGACUCUUCUCCAGCUGUCGUUCGCUAUAGCAAAGAUCAGCGACCGACCUCCUUACCCAUUCAGCCCUUCACUUUCCAGCACCAGUUUGGAAAACCACAGACGAAGCCCAUCCUUCCACUUUUGGACGGAUACAUCAGCCAUAUGCAGGCUCGGGGGGCCGCGGCACCCGAAGGUGGUGAAGACGACACUGAAGAAGACAACGAACGACCUCAUGGCUCUUCCGAUGUCCCGACAACAGUGCGGCCAUCUCCGCUGGGGAGCUACUCUCCAGUUCGCCUCCAGGGUGCGCCGACAUCUUCCGGAACCUGCUCGACUUGCACUCCGACCCCGCCUGGUCCAAGACCACCUCGCUCCAUCUCUUGUCCCAUCUCGGCCGGUCUCCUGCCCCAGCAUACGCCACCUGGAUUGGCCGAGACUCAAUCCAAACUUGCUCCCUUACCUCCUACACCUCCUCCUCUUCCUUUGAUGAAGAAGAGCCCGCUAAUGCCAGCUCUGCCAACUAGAAGUCAUUGUUUUCACCGUGGGGGUUUGUCCGCUCUGCCAACACUUCCAAGUUCAGGGCUCAGUCCUCUCGGAAAGUUGGAGCCAGCGCCACAGGAAGAGCCAGUGAAGGUUUUACCGACGUGUGUUACACAACCAAAAACUAAUGUUCACCACCUCUCCCCGCAGGCACUAAAAUGGAGAGAGUACAGGCGAAAGAAUCCUCUGGGUCUGGAGCGUGGUAAAGACGGACCCUCUCAUUCGCUAUCUUGUGCUCUGGAAGGCUCCAAGAGACCUGGAGCUCGUGUCAUGCGACGCAAUGUGUUCGAUUUCCCGCCGACCAAUCAACCACUCAGCUUCAGCAGAUUGAAUGGUCAGGCAUUGAGGCAAUUGCCCCAGUGUUACAGCGACUUCCUGCCAGAUUAUUUUUCUCAGACAGAGCGCCCCCCAGAGGAAUUCUGCUUAUCUCCAGAUGGUAACACAGAUGAAUCCAUCUCAAUAGAUCUGACACAGAAGAGAGGUUUGGUCAAGGCCAUAAACACAGCAGUUGAUCUGAUCGUUGCUCAUUUUGGCACCAGCCGUGAUGCUGGUGUUAAGGCUAAAUUGGGGAAUAGUUCUGUCAGUCCUAAUGUGGGUCACUUGAUUUUGAAGUACCUGUGUCCUGCCAUUCGUGAGAUACUUCAGGAUGGACUGAAAGCAUAUGUACUGGAUUUGAUUAUCGGGCAACGCAAAAAUCAACCUUGGAGUGUAGUGGAGGCCUCCACACAACUGGGUCCCUCUACACGGGUUUUGCACAGCCUAUUUUCUAAGGUUUGCCAGUAUUCAGAGCUGACCAAUCACAGUAUGAGGUUCAACGCCUUCAUCUUUGGCCUGCUAAACUUGCGUUCUCUGGAAUUCUGGUUCAAUCACAUCUAUAUGCAUGAAGACAUCAUAGCAGCACACUACCAACCAUCGGGUUUUCUACCCCUAUCUCAAGGGGCGUGCCAGCCGAUGUUCGAAGAGAUACUGCUCCUAUUACAGCCACUGUCGCUGUUGCCCUUUGACCUUGAUCUGCUGUUCGAGCCACACCAGCUACAGAAAGGAGAAGAACAUCUAAGACGCAAAGAACAGCUGUGUUCAGCUCGCCAAGGCCUCGACCAAUCAGACCGCUCCACCUUCCAGCUCAUGAGAGAGAGUGGAAUGGAGUCUGGCGCACAGGAAGUAGAGAUUGUGCACCAAAGAGAAAGAUUUAUGCUGGGAGAAGAACAUGCCAGGAUUAGGAUGGAGAGUGCUGGAUUAAAAAUGAAAAGAGAUGGGCGGACGUUUGAUGGAUCAAGCCGUGACUCGCUGGCUAAGGAGGCAGGCAAAGAGUGUUUACGAAAGAGUGACGAAGGAGGCGAAGGGUGCGCUGGCAGGAUGAAGGGAGUUGGAGAAGACAGCGAGAAGGAGAAAAGGAGAGAACGAGAUGGAGACGUGGCCAGACAGAGAAUCCGACAAGCUGGCUGGUGGUACCAGUUAAUGCAGAGUUCACAGGUUUACAUUGACAAUUCUACCGAAGGGUCAAAGUUUGUCAAGUGGGAGAAGAGGAAGAAAGGAGGCAUUGAGAGUCAUAGGCAAAGCCAUCCACCUCUUAGAGAAGGUGUAGUUGAGGGGGCUGAGGCUGUUCAGCGGACGGAUGAACGGCUGGAACAGAGCAGUAGCAAUACAAAUAGCGUCGUUAACCAAUCAGCAUUGUCUGAACCCACAAGAGCCACAAAGAAGAAGCCAUCGUGGAUGGGAAGUCCACCAGAAUCAGUGCUUACCGAGCUGAUAAAGAGUAAGGAGAAGGUGCCAGACUCUCAAGAUGCAGGCGAAGGGGUUCAGACUCAGGGAACAGGGGAAGAUGGGUCAACACAGGGGCUGCGUUGGGGGCGGCUGUUUGGAGCUGGAAAUCCAAGCAAGAUGGAGAAAAAUGACCAGAAAUCAGUCAGGAAACAACGGUUGCCGUCUGGAUGGUUGAGCCUCGACCGUUCUGUGUUGGAUCUGGUGGCUUAUACUGUUGGAGUGGGAAGAAAAGUGGAGCAACAAUCUCUCACAUUUCAAUGUCAAGAAUCCCAAGUUGGUCCGACUGAACAAGCACAAACCCUAAAUUCCCAAACACAAAGACAAGCCCCACGUGAAGUGAAGGCAUUGUGCCAUCAUAUUGCCACAGAGCCCGGUCAACUCAGUUUCAAUAAAGGUGACGUGCUGCGGGUGCUCAGCAGGGCUGAUUCUGAUUGGCUGCUGUGCGCUCUGGGGGACAGCGAGGGCCUUGUUCCCAUCAUAUACAUCACCCUGAUUGAGGACAAUCAAGAGACGCAGCAUUGAAACUCUAAAGUUUGGGCUCUGCUAGAAAGAAGGGCGUAAGGCACGGCUGCUUUUCUGAACUGACACUAAGAUAUAAGUCUUGAGAGAUUCAUUUUGUGCAUGUGUAUGUGGACAUCGAUACACACUGACACACACAGAUAUCACAGUUUGUGAAAAGGCCCUCUUUGUUUCCAUAAAGCAGUGAUAUUUAGAAAGUGUCGUUACUUAGUAGUCAAACUGUUUGCCAUGAGCCAUCAGGUUUGCAACUUAGCUUUUAAAUCAUGUCUAUAGCCUUUUAAAAAGUACUAAGAAACCAAAUGAAAAUGUUAGAUACACUAGACACUAUUGGCACACAUGCCUUGGAUUUACUGUAAAAUACUGUAUUAUUUAGAUGUUAACCAACGUAUGUGUUCUGCGACCCUAGUGUUGUGCAUGUGCCUGUAAUAGGCUGUGCGUAACCAAAUUCAUUCAGAAACUCACCUUGGUCUUACGCGCGGGGUCAACAAACCUCUAUAACUAUGAAAUCUAUCUGAAAAGGGAAAUGACUGAAUAAGGGAAAGUCAGUAAGUUCGCCAUCUAUUUUGAAGUCUACCUGCCUUCUAAGUGCAUUAACAUGUAAUAUAAACAGACUCAGCCUUUCGGACAACAACAUAUUAGCUUGUCAAAUUCAUUAAAACAGUCUUGUAAGCUGCUUUGACAGGUAAAUGGUUUGUUCUUUCUUUUCAUGGUUUUCACGCUUGUAAGAGACAAUUAAUAGCAAGGUUUUAAUGCAUGCAAUGAUGUGCACAACAAUGAUUUCUAAAGAGUAAAAUAAGCUUUGUCUGUUCCCUUAACUAUUCUGUAUCCUAAUAACAACUUUUGCACAGCCUGCAAGAGAUAGAAAGGAUGACGUUUCCGCUGUUGGUCUACUUUAGACAAUUGUUUUGAUUUAUGCAACUUUGCAGUUGAUGAUAAUAAUUAAUAAUGUAUAAUUUAUCUGUACACGGGUGUAUGUAUAGUAAGUGGACGAAGUACAAAGAACGGAAUUUAAUGGGGUUUGGUGUUUCCCUCUAAACACUCAUAAGACACAUCAUAAGAUAAUUUAUUUAUUCAAUUAUUUAUCCAUCCAUACAGAGUUUGCUUUGAGCUAACAGUAUAAGCUUUAAAUGCAUCAAUGUUUGAUUGUUAUACACAAAUAACUAAAAGCCAAUUUAAAUAAAACAUCCCUCUACUUUUGGACACAGAGGACAGUAAUAUUUAGAAAGAAAUUGUGUACCAAUGAAAUGGCACAUGCGAUAUUGUGACGAUACCCUGCAUUUAUGGGAUAAAUUUAACUCAAGAUGAGGCCUUAUGGAUAGGAAUGUGUAUUAUGAUGGUUAUUUCAGGAGUUGAGUAGUCACAUUUGUUGGUGUUUUUAUUAGUUGGGCACUUAGUAUGGCCCUCGAUAUUAUUUUGCUUUAAAAUUGUAUUUUGAUUUGAUUUUAUCAAAUUGAAUUGUUAAGACAUCUCUAGAUGACAAUGUUAAGGUUUGUUUUUGUUAAAACAGGUUUAUUAUGAUUUUAUUGUUUCUUAUUUAUGAAAUGCGUUUGCCAUUAUUUUGUGUAUUUAUAUUUGUAAAUAUGUUGCAUUCUCAUAUAAUUAAGAAAAAUAAACGACAUUAUUAACUAUUUGUUAAUAACAACCUAUAACACAUUGUUAUUGUUAAAAAUUCAAUACAAGAAACUAUUCAGAUCGUAUGUACAAUAUAUUGUUAUGGGAUGUAUUGAGUAGAUUAAAAUGCUCUCACGCAUAAAGCUGCGCAGUUUAGAUUAUAGUGCUGCUUUAGAUCAUUAAUUUCUCACUCAACAGUUGUAUGUUGGUCUUCCAAAUACGCAUUGCUUGUUACUGAAAUUCAACCCAUAAAUAUCAUAGAGAGAGAGAGAGAAAUUGUAAGAGAAAAAAGCUGUCUAGUGCCUUUUUUGAACCAAUGUGUUUGCUUGUAGGAGUGUUUAUACUCUUGUAUUUCCUCACCAGUAGGUAGUGACGUCCCAGUUCAUUUCUUAUGUGGGUGAAACUGGUCUUUACAAAAUGUUUAAGAAACUGGCCUCAGAUGUGGUUAUAAUCUGUUGGCACCUUUACAUUCAGUUUGGUAGAGGAUGAACACCAAUGAAAGAAAGACUUGGUUUGGUAAUUGAUGAAUGUUUGUGUAUUUAUCUCUCUUUCUCUAUCUUUCUCUCUCUAAUGGUUUUGCUCAUCCAGAUUUUUUCUUGCCUGUAUUGUAAAUAUGCCAGCUGUAGCACUUCCGUCCCCUCAGUGUGACCACGCUGUGCUUCUAUAACAUUAUCACUAUGUAUGUAUAUCAAUAACAGAGUGCUUAUGUGAUCACA